AUAUGAAAUUAAAAUAAAAAACACACACCCAAAAAUGUUAGUUCUCAAAUUGAUAAUGAUGGAUAAAUUUCAUAUGGAUUUAAAAUUUCCAUUUUGUCGUCAAAAGAGACGCCGUUGCUGCUCUUAAGACUUAAAUACAAAAUUAAUUAGUUAAAAUAUGUUUUUGGUAAAUUACUGGAAAUAUUAGAAAUUGUAAAAUAAUGUAUUUUAAUUUGAUAUGAAUGUAAUACUUCACUAACAAUUGACUUUUAUCUCUAAUUUAUAUCAGUUUAUUUAGUUUAUAAAUGUUGACAACAAAAGUAAGAAAAUCUAACUAAACUCUUAUCUCCAGGUUGAUUAUAAAUUAUUUAUUAACUUGAUAAUAACAAUUAACUUUUAUCUCUAAUUUAUAUCGGUUUAUUUAGUUUAUAAAUGUUGACAACAAAAGUAAAAAAAUCUAACUAAACUCUUGUCUCCAAUUUGAUAAUAAAUAAUUCAUUAACUUGAUAAUAAAAAUUUCAACGGUAUAUGUCUUAAAAUUAGUUUAUAUUAAUAAUUUAUAUAUAAAAUAGGCAUUGCACUCAAAAUAUCAUUUAUUAAUUAAAAUUAUAUUUUUUAUACAACAAAUUCACUUUUAUAAUGUAUCUUUAAAUAAUGUUUAAGCUUAAUAUCACCGUUAACUUUAAAAAUCUCAAGGGAAUAUUGAAUCAAAGUUAUGUUACUUUAACAAUAUAAAUAUAAGUUAAAUAAUAUGCACAAAAUCUUAUAAUUUUAAUCAAAGCUACAAUUUUUCUUUAUUUUUGUUGUCACCAAAUUAUAACUUAGAACCACAUUUAUCUCAAAAUAAGUUUAUAUAUUGUUCAUUUACUUUAUAAAUGGUGAUAACAAAAGUAAAAAUAUCCAACGACAAAAUAUUUAUCUUCGAUUUAGAUUUAUGAACUAUCUAUUUAGUUAUAAAUACUAAUAAAAAAAUCAAGUCGCAAUAGUAUAAUUUAAAUUAAUUAAGAUUAAUAAUUUAAGUAUAAAAAAAAAUAUGCGUACAAUGUAUGCAAAAUAUUUAAAUAUUAAUUAAAAUUAUAUUUUUUCAAAAACUAAUCACUCCAAAAACUAUAUUAAAUUAACUUUUAAAAUAUAUAUUAAAAAUAUUUUAAUUUUAUUUUUACCGUUAACUUUUAAAAAGAAAUCUCAGCCAUAACAGUAACUCCAAAAUUAGCUAUUUAUAAUAAUUCAAAUACAAACAAAAUAUAGUGUGCUAAAUCUUGGAAUAUUAAUCCAUUCCUUAUAUUGCAAACCAAUUAUAACUUGACAACCCAGACUAAAUUCAUCUCUGAGAUUAACCCUCUUGAAAAUCUGACAAAUGUCGUAUCUAAUCUACUCAUUUAUGCAACUCUACAUAAGAACAAUGAUGUCCAUUAGUCCUUAAUCCUAUAGAAAAUCUGGUGAUUAAUGUGUAAUCUACUCCACUCAUAUAUGCAUAUAUACAUGAGAAAGUGAUCGUAAAACAUUUGUUUAAUCGUAUAAACUAACUAAGGUUUGACUCUUGUGUUUCACCUUUGCUUUAAAAACAUUAGCUUUCCCUCUUACACUGUUGUACAGUUACGUCAUCUUCUUCGUCUUCGAGAGAUUGUGUUUCUGAAAUGGAGUUUUUGUUUUGUGGUAAGAUUAGGUUUUUGGGGAAUCAGAUAUGGAGUUCAAGAAAUUGAGGAGGCUCUUCUCUUCCUCGAAGAAGGUCGACAGCGCCAACAAUUCUCCGAGCGAAUCCGAUAACAGGAAACGGAGAUCCAUUCGAAUACUUGGCUUCGCGGCAGUUUUAAUAGAGUUCGCGAAGAAGCAUUGCAAACGAGCUUCUUCGCCUAAUCAAGUUCACUCUUCAGUUCCCUCGCGAUCUUACUUGUCGUUUUCCUGUUUUAACGGGAAGAAACAAAGAGCUGAAACGUCUACCCUGGUGGCUUCGUCCCUGGGCUUGAAUCGGAUCAAGACGAGGUCCCUCCGGGCGACGCUGGAAGCUUGCUUCAGCUUUAGGAAUGAUGAAGCAACUCCGGUGGUGGUACGGUCUGACUACUUGCCCGAGUUGAAUACUCAUCAGGACUCGGAUACAUCCAACGUAUCACCUUCCGACUCGGGCACACCUGAGAAUCCAAAGGAGCUAGAACCCCCUCGUUAUCAAGCCUUACUUAACAUGACCAGUGCUCCAAGAAAGUGCUUCUCUGGUGACAAUAAGAGCUUUUCUCAUGAGUUGAACGCGGAAGGUGUAAGGCCUUUUCCACUAAAGAAGCCUCAUAGGUCGAACAGCUGGGAGGAAGUAUUGAAUCAUAUCAAGGCCAAAUUUAAUGAAGCAAAGGAAGAAGUGAAUGUCGACCUUAAAUUUUUUUCUGAGGACUUGCUUGGAAUUUCUACGGAAAAUGCGAGAAAUAAUCAUGAGUUGAAGGUUAUAACUGGAGCCUUAAUGAUUUUGACACUGAAAUGUACCAUUGCUAGUUCAGGAGAGUUCUGGCUUCACUGUGAGAGGAUAGUUCGAGAGUUAGAUGAUAAACGGCAGGAGCUUCCCCCUGGUGUUCCCAAGCAGCUUCAUACUCGCUUGCUGUUUAUUCUUACCAGAUGUACUAGAUUACUUCAGUUUCGCAAGGAAGGUUGGAGGCAGGAGGAAGAUUUCGUACAGCUAAGUCAGUCAAGACUUCUCUCUUCUCCGUACAAUGAAACUUCUUGGAAUAGACUUCCAUCUAUAGGGUCGAAAGGUGUAAAAGAAGCUGCAGUAUCAAUUAUCUGUCGUAUAUGCGAGGAGGAUGUUCCCACCACCCACGUGGAAGAUCACUCUAAAAUAUGUGAAUUGGCUGAUAGAUAUGAUCACAAGGGUGUGAGUGUUGAUGCGCGGCUGGAGAGAGUUGCUUUGACUCUUAUUAAUAUCAAAAACUUUAGGCUAAGUGGCCGCGUCCCAAGAGGGCCAGACGACAUGCUAGACUGUUUCGGUCCCAAGUCUGAUCAAGGCAUGACUACUACUUCAUCUGCCAGUAGCAUGACUCCUAGAUCCCCUAGACCCAAUCCAUUUGAAUUGUUAGGAGGCAAGGUUACAUUCCAUGACCGGUAUGAUAUUCCACUGAUGACUGCACUUUCUAACAUUGCAAGACGAGCAGCAAAAGCCAUAUCACAUGAUGAUAAAUCCAUGACGAUCUUACAUUCUUGUCUUCAUGACUUGAGGGUUACCGUAGACCGCAGAUAUUUUGAUGCGCUUACAGUAGAAACUUUCGGGACACGCAUAGAAAAGUUGAUACGUGCUAAGUAUCUUCAGCUGAACGAGAUUCUGGAUGAUGAAAAAGUUGACCUGUCAAGCACCGUAAUUGAUGAAGAUGUUCUUUUGGAAGAUGAUGUUGAACGCAGUUUGAGGAUCAGAUCAGUACAUCUGCGGGACCGUAUAUCCAUUGAUGAUUUUGAGGAGAUAAAAGAAAUUAGUAGAGGAGCUUUUGGGAGAGUUCUUUUGGCUAAAAAGAGAGCAACAGGAGACAUAUUUGCAAUUAAGGUUCUGAAGAAGGCAGAUAUGAUCCGCAAGAAUGCUGUUGAAAGAAUACAUGCUGAACGAGAUAUUUUGAUCAACGUCCGCAAUCCCUUUGUGGUUCGAUUCUUCUAUUCUUUUACUUGUCGCGAAAACCUGUAUCUUGUGAUGGAGUACGUGAAAGGGGGUGAUGUUUUUUCAUUGUUAAAAAUUAUUAGCUUGGAUGAAACUGUUGCCCGUGUAUACAUUGCCGAAGUUGUCCUAGCUUUGGAAUAUUUACACUCUGAGGGUGUUGUGCAUCGUGAUUUGAAACCUGACAAUAUAUUGAUUGCACAUGAUGGUCAUGUUAAGUUGACAGAUUUUGGGCUCUCCGAAGUUGGUCUCAUCGACAGCACCAGUGAUCUAUCUGGUUCAAAAUUGCCAACAUUGGAGCAUAAGUCUGAAAGGCGAGAUAGGCUUGGCACUCCUGACUACAUGGCGCAAGAAAUUCUUCUGGGGACAGGACAUGGUGCAACUGCGGAUUGGUGGUCUGUUGGCGUCAUUUUGUUUGAAUUCAUUGUGGGAUUUCCGCCCUUCAAUGCUGAUAGUCCUCAGCAAGUAUUUGAUAAUAUUAUCAACCGGAGAAUACCAUGGCCUAGUGAUCCAGAGAUGAGCUAUGAAGCCCGUGAUUUGAUAGAUCGGUUAUUAACGAAAGAUCCUCAUCAGAGACUUGGAGCUAGAGGGGCGGCUGAGGUCAAGCAGCACAUCUUCUUUAAAGACAUAAACUGGGACACUCUACCAAAGCAGAAGGCUCCAUUUGUGCCGGAAACAGAAGAUGCUCUUGACACAAGUUACUUCCAAAGUCGCUACGCUUCGGAUAAGCGAUCUUCUCCAACCAAUGAGAAUGGAAAGUCUUGUGAAAGUGGCAGCAGUGGUUGCCUCAGAAAUGAUCACAACGAUGGGGUUGAUGAACGUUGCGGACCUGCAGAGUUGGAAACUAAUGUUUCGGAAAAUAACCCAUUUGAUAACUUCUCCUACAAGAACCUCGGUCAGCUGGCAUGUAUCAAUUAUGAUUUGGUGUCCAAAGGUCAGAAACAUGGAACAGCAACAACUUUGUAUCCAAGACAACAAAAUACAUUUAUCUUUGAGACUUUGGUAGAGAGAGGGUUGUGAAAUGCGUGUCUUAAGCAAAUUUAGUAAGUAAAGAUUAUCUUAACUUUCUUUAAUUUUUCGCAAUGCAUCUUUCAAAUAUGUUCAUAGAUUUUGAAUAAGAGACGCCAUUUUCAAACCAAAGUUAUAAAACUAAGAUAUAUGUAUUACAAAAGUGAAAUUUUUUUUUAUGCUGCACAUA